GAUAUACCAUGGCACCCUCACGAGCAGCGUAUUCUAUCUCAAACACAAAUUCUAGCGAUAAUGACGAUGACGACGCUCCAGAAGCCAUUACUCUCGACCAAUCGAAGGAGCAUGCGAAACAGCUCAACGAAGCUCGACAAGCCGCCGAGUCCGAUGCAAAACGCAAGAGGAAAGAGAAAAAUAGACGGACGGACGAAAACUUGAAGAAAAGAGCUCUUGAGACACGAGGGGAAAGCACAAGCGCGCCGAAGAAGAAAUUAAAGACGAGCGUAAAGGGGAAGCAUGCUGAGGAGAGUAGCGUCUCGGACGAUAGACAGAACUUGGAGGAUAGAAUGGAGCGCGCUAUGCGAGAGGCACAGGCAGAAGAGGACGAGGAUGGUGGUGAUGCUUGGGGAGGAUUCGGGGAACAAUCUGAGCCCAAAACUGGAUCUGGUUCUGACAUUGAAUAUGGACAAGCCUCGGACGACUCAAGGUCAAAUUCUGACGGAGAACAAGGGAACUUGAAUUUUGCCGACGACUACGACGACACUGAGGAAGAGGAAGAAUUCGACGAGGAGUUACUCAACAUGCCUCCACAGAAGCAAUCGAGGAUGGAAUACCUUCCCGAUCACCUUUUUACUGAUGCUCUUUCCAAGACGCAGGCUUCUAAUGAACAAAAAUCUCCACCUUUGAAAACAACACUCAAAUCAAAACCCGAACGAAAACGCAAGCCCAACAGAAAGGGACGGACAAAAGAUAUCAUAUUGGGCUCGAAAGUUGUUCGCAAAGUGGCCCCAAAAGUAUCGCAUAUUACGUCUACUGCUUCACGCACUCUGCCACCAGGUAAAGUAAGGCGCUUUUACGAGGACCGUCUGGACCUUCAAGCAAAGAGUCGCAGCAGAACCCACAACGCUUGGGACAGAAAAGCAGCAAACAUUGGAAACAUGCGCAGCAGCACUUUACCAGCGGCCAACUUUGUCCGUAAUGGCUAACUCAUACGUCGGGGUACCAGUACCAUCAGUGCAAUUAGUAUAAGUAUUACAAUGAUGUAGUGGUUGUACUUGAUGUGGCUAUCAAUCUCGAAAAUGAUUAAAAUCAAU